AGAGAAACAUAACAUCAACAAAAAUAUAUUUCCAUAAAACUUGAAAGAGAAAGACUCACGCGUGUUGUUUAAAUGCUCCAGUAUCGUGGACAAAUUUCUCACUGCUUUUUAUAAUUUUAUUUUAAGCUUCUAAUUUCAGUCAAGAGAAGACAUGUGUGUCUUGGAUCAGAUUCGCAUUAUAUUUUUUGUUACACUUUGGACAUCUCUAACUCAUGUUGGUGGAACAACAGCAUAUUCACAAUGCUUUCAAAUUUCACGAUUCACACCAAACAUGUGUCAAUAUUCUGCCAUGUUGCACUUGUGUUCUCAUAUGUGUUCGUCCAAAGUGAAAGAUCAUCUUGACUGUGGAGAACGCAAGCCUCUUUAUCGGCGCAUUAUCGGCGGUGUCAAAAGCACCCAGGGUGAAUGGCCAUGGCAUGUUAGCUUGAGCUUCAAAGGAAAACAAUAUUGCGCUGGUUCAAUCCUGUCUGAAUAUUUUGUUCUCACGGCGGCACAUUGUUUCGAUGAGGAUUACACCAGCAAUAAAAUUGAACAUUGGAAAGUUUCUGCAGGAGAUCAUCAGCUCUCAAUUUCGGAAGCAUUUGAACAAAAAAUAGACGUCAAAAAAAUUAUAAUGCAUCCAAAAUAUCGUGUAUCUAAACAUGGUCCUGAUCAAGGCCUCUGGGUUAUCCACAACGAUAUAGCUAUAGUUGAACUUCAAGAAUCGAUCAAACUACACCACAGCAACAAAGCUUCCUUGUGUUUACCUGACGAUUAUAAAAGUAUACCCGAUUUUUAUGGCUGCUAUAUUGUUGGAUGGGGUCACACGGCCUUUGCGGGGGAACAAUCCGAUGAAUUACGUCACGCGAAAGUUUACACAGUACCGAAUUCUAUCUGCAACAGUGAAAUAGCAUAUAACAAUACAGUGAAUUCAAAAGAGUUGAUCUGCGCUGGAUAUAAAGAUGGCGGCAUAGACGCGUGUAAUUACGACAGUGGUGGAGCGCUGGUUUGCAACAAAGAAGGUCGUUGGUAUGCGACUGGAAUCGUAUCCUCUGGUUUUGAAUGCGCGAGACCACAUUCGUAUGGUUUAUAUACUAAUGUAGCAGAGUAUAAAGAUUGGGUCAUCAAGAACAUUUUGUUUACAACAAAUUGAACGUGUGUCAGCAUUUAUCAAUGACGGUCAACUAGCUAACUUUCUGUGAUAUUGACGUCACUGAUAUCAUUAUCUGCAGUCGACAUCAGCUAUCUAAAAAACACACUAUCUCAAAUAUUUUCUGCGUCUCCCCUAACCACUUUUUAAAACUGAUAAAGUAAAAAGGAUACAAGAGGCACAGUUUGGCGUUCCCUCGUUUAUUCUAAAUACUUUUGUUUUUCCCCGCAGACUUACGUCACACAAGUUACUGUUUUACCGAACAGAAAGUCCUAAUCGACACUGUCAUGGCGGCAGCCGUAGUACUACUUUGUCCUCAAAUAUCUCGAGAACUAAAGCUCACAAAUAUAAAAAAAAAUAUCACAGUUUAUAUUCACAGUAUAAUAAACAUUUUAAGCAUAGCAUGUUAUCA